AUGAAUUGUGGUAAAUCACGACGUGAAGAAUGUAGCGAAGAGUGUGCUGGAGGAAAUACUGAAGAAGAAUUAGAAGAAUAUGCUGAGAUCUUUGAAAAUCUUGAAGACUAUCGUGGCCACGCUAAGAAGAAUCGACCAAAAAGAAAAAAUGAAGUUUCAGAAUCAGAUACUGAUACAGAUACUGAUUCUGAUACCGAUUCCGACGAUGACACAGAUACCGAUACAGAUACUGACGAAAACUCGGAGUCUGAUACUGAUGAUGACGAUGAUGAUAAUGAUGAUGAAACAGAUGAUGAUGAUGAUGAAGAGGAAGAAGAAGAAGAAGAGGAAGAAUCUGGAACUUCGAAAACAUUAAAAAAGAAAGCUAAAAAUAUUCUCAAUACCAAACGUACCAAUGAAAAAUCCAAACAAUCCAAACAUAAUAAUUAA